GAGCCGCUCCGAGUCGGGCCGCGGCAAGCCGCGGCCCCGAGUCGGUCCAGCGGCCGCCUGCGGCGCGGCCUUCCGCGUCCGAAAACCCGGACACGGCCAUCUUAGGUGCUGUGCCAGGCUUCGCCGAGGCAGGGACCGUGAAUCGCGAGUUCUGGCGGGCCACGCGGUGUCUUCGAGCCCUCGGGGGCGGCCCCGAGGCGCGACGCCCGGCGUCGCCAACCUCCAGCGCCCAGCUCGAUCGCGCCCUUCGGCGGCCGGUUUGGGCCCCAAGAGUCGACGGGGCCCAGACCCCUCGAGGAAUCGUCCAACCUCUGUCGGCGACGGCUGACUCUCCUCCUCGUGCCGUUGGCUCUUCUACUAGAGCUGCGAGCACGAUCCGGCGAGAUGGACCAACUAGGAGAGGGACAGGCGGUCAUGGUCGGAGCUACCGGUGGAACCGUCCAGGUCGUCCAGAUGGGUCAAGGAGGGCAGGCGAUGAUGUUACCACCCGCUAUCCAGGUUGCGGCGCCGAACGGCCAGAUCCAGGUGGUUCCAGUUUCUAGUCUCGCCGGAGCGGGACAGCAGAUAGUUAUUCAACAACCGCAGACUCCGCAAAUAAUCCAGACUCCGGAUGGACAGACAUAUAUUUAUCAACCCGUGCAGUUGGAAGGACAGGUUCAACAAGCUCAACCUACAGUGAUAAACAUCAAUGGAAACCUGAUGCAAAUUGCUGGCACCACUGCGCAAACUACGAGUUCGGCGGCUACUACCACUCCUGUGCAGCCGCUCUCCAGUCCUACUACAACAGCAACUCAGGCAGGAAAUAUUGUCAUGAUGGUACCAGGGAAUAGUGGACAGACGCAAUUUCAGAGAGUCGCGUUACCUGGUCCCGAAUUCCUCGAAGAGGAACCCCUUUACGUGAAUGCCAAGCAGUAUAGACGCAUUUUGAAACGUCGUCAGGCCCGUGCAAAAUUGGAGGCCGAAGGAAAAAUCCCCAAGGAGCGGCCUAAAUAUCUUCACGAAUCGCGGCAUCGGCACGCGAUGAACAGAAUCCGCGGGGAAGGAGGGCGUUUCCACUCGGGUCAAGUUAAGAAACGGAAUCCGUCUUUCUCCAAUGAAUUCAGUAGAACAAACACGAGUACCAUGAUCACGCAACAUAUUACAACGUCGAGCACCAACACUAUCCGCACCAUCACGAUACCGGCAACCAGCACCGGAGUUCAGCAUCAUAACACCGAUAACAUGACGUCUGCCAUCAUAAUUGAGUAAAUACAUGGAGCUGAUCGUGAGUGCGAGUGAGUUGUGCAUUAUCUGUGACAGCAUGAUGUGAAUCGUUCAGUGGAAGAAGAGAAUAGUUACAAUUUGGUUUUGAAAAAAACAUCGCAAUGGAGUUUUCAUCUCUGCAAGGAGUUCAUGGCGUUCGGUCCAUGCUUUCUUCGAGUGGAACUACGACUUUGAAGCAUUCAUCGUGAUUGACCUGGACUAUCCAAUCGUGUGUCCGCGAUUAUUUUCUUCAAGUGGUAAAAGUUGAUGAUCGUCGAAGGUGUAAAUAGGUUUCUUCGGGAUCGUUUCUAUUCAGUUCCCUACUAAACUCGCUUCUGAUUCAUUAUAACGAAAGUCGCUUGCCUGUUGAGCUUAAAAAAUGUAUCGUUAAGACUUUACGAGCGAGAAGCAGGGCGGAAUUAUGUGAGAUCAAACGGUGCCACUCCAUAGGAGGAUCUAUGGUAGUGAUUUUAGGAAAUCGAGUUCUAGAAAUUUCGAGUGCAGUUUAUUGGGGAAAAGCAAGGAACAUCGAUGGGCAUGACUUCGACUUCGCAUCGAUUUCAUUUUCCUUAAACAUUGUUAUUAACAUGAUAUUCAACUAAUUCCAUCGAGUAUUCCGGUUCUGUAUAACACCGUCAAGAAUUAAGCCGUGAAAGAGUAAUAUUUUAGUUUAUAUUAAGGAAAAAGUUGCGAACUUACAUUUUUUUUUUGUUGUACAAUGAAUGGAUAGAUUUGAAUUGGCAUCGAAUACUGAGAGAUUGGUCAUGACUUUGUAGCGUGUCUCGCAGUCUGAACAUCCUCUAGGUUUGAUAUCCCGGAAUCCAUGAUUAAGUCGAACAAUCCACCAUCGAUAAGUAGAUAAAAUAGAUUCGGACAUCGGACGCGGAGAACGGCACUCGUCGGUCGAAUUUCGCGGGAGACUUCUUUACGAGUACAAUUUAUUAAUUUAAUGUAGAUAAGCUUGCGCGAGCUCGUUCUCAAACGAAGUUUACGUUAGAUAGUGGUAACUUAUUAAGCCGAUUAAAGAACGUUGUUGAAUAGCCCGAUUGUGUCGCCGUUUCGCGAUCGUCGAACCGUGAAUCGAUCUCGUCCAUAUUAAAAAAUUGGCGAUGGUUCCUAAUAAAAAACGAUAAGAAUUAUUAGAGAACUUAUACAAAAAAAAAUUACGAUCGCGUGUACUGGCGUAAAAAAAUAUGAAUUAUGUCCACUGUUCGAAUAUUUUCUAAAUUAAUGUAGAGAGAUUUUGAGGACAUUUUGUCAAAGGCGACAGGAUUUGAAAGUAUCGGAGAGCUGUGCGAUCGAGCGAAGGAUGUGUCUGACGGGGACGGAGCUUUUUUCGCUACCUUGAAUGAGUUAAAUAGCGAAGGAAGCUCCUGGGAGAGAACGCAGACAAUCUCGACAGUAGGGAGGUGUUUUUUACGAUUUCGAGUAACUCGGAAGUUGCGUCGCCUAUCUCGAUUAAGUUGUACAUACGUGUAUCAUGAGGAGAGUUCAUAGAGGCAACAGUGUGUGCGUGGACUAUAAAUAUACGAUCAGUGUGCGAGAGAGUGAGGCUGAGAGAAUUCAGAUAAAUGAGGGCAAAUUGCCAUACGAGCGACAAAUUAGUUCUGUUUUUGUACCGUUUCACAUGACGACUCAUUAGACAACGGAUUAUCAAA